AUGGAUGCAUUAAACGCUAAAGAACAACAAGAUUUCCAAAAAUUGGUGGAACAAAAACAAAUGAAGGAUUUCAUGCGUCUUUAUUCAUCUUUGGUAGAAAGAUGUUUCAACGAUUGUGUUAAUGAUUUCACAUCUUCAAAAUUGACCAACAGAGAACAAACCUGUAUUUUAAAAUGUUCUGAAAAGUUCCUAAAGCAUAGUGAACGUGUUGGUCAACGUUUCCAAGAACAAAAUGCUGCGAUGAGCCAAGGUCUAGGUCGUUAG